GCGUUUCGAAACUCAGGAACAGAUGGCCCCCCAGCCAAUCACUCACUAGCCAGCCUGUUUCAUACCCGGGGCCUCUUGCCUCUGCGUCCACUCGUCUUCACUGCGCCUAGCCCUUCAUUGUUUGGAACAGUUGAUCCUACUGUAUCCACAGUUAUUGUUGUACAUUAG